UCGGCGAAGAGCCGCGGUGUUUGCGGGCAACUAAAAGAAAAGUUGGAGAACAGCGAGGUCGCGUCCCGUCCCGCCCCCUUUCUGAUCCACAGAUCCGUGCAAGGAUUCUGUAUAAAGACACUGUAAAUAUGUCUGAAGUUAAGCGAAGAAAGAAAGCUAACCUUUCAGCCAAACCAGAUGAAGAGCAACAAAAUAAGCAAUCGGAUUUGGGGAGUAAAAAUUCUGUGUGGAUGGAGCCACGAACGGCCUCAAGUUUACUGUCCCUUGCUGCUUGUGUAGGACUAACAUGGUUUCUUUUUCAGCAGUCAGCUCAGCUGGCUGCUGUAGAGAAGAAGUACCAUUUACUAAAGCAGGAUGCAGUAAAGUUUGAAGAUAUGGAAAAUAAGAUUAAUAUAAUCUCUGAGAAGUGUGAGAAGACAUUAAGCUUAAUGGAGCAACUGGAAGAUCAUCAUAUCAUUGUUCGGAUGAAGCAUCUGCAGGAGGAGAUGAACACCAUACAGAUACAGUCCAAUAGGUUAAUUCAAGAAGAAGAGGAGCUCCAGCAGAAUUUAACAUCUCUCUUUCAUGCAGUUAUUAAAUAUGAGGAGAGUACAGCUUCUGUAACAAAGAACUUUUCUGUAAGGAUUGCCACUGUGAAGACUGAUAUUAGACGCAUUUCAGGUCUUGAAGCAGAUGUGACCUUAUUGAUGGAGAAUCUAAAUACUCUAGAAGAUAAAGUAGAUGAAGCUGAAAAGAAUACAGUACAGAGUAUAGGGGAUCUUCUUACAAAUAGCAUUGACAGGACUACAGAACUAAGAAGUACUGCAUCUGAAAAUGCUAGACAAAUAGAGCGCAUUAAAGCAAAAUCAUCAGAGCUGAAUGUGGACCUUAACAAACAAUCAAACAAGCUUUUAGAUUUGGAAAGUGAUAGAGCCAAAGUUCUAACAACAGUAGCCUUUGCAAAUGACUUAAAACCUAAAGUGCACAACUUAAAGAUGGAUUUGGCACAUUUGGAACCAAUGCUAGACGACUUAACAUUAAGAAUAGGAAGGCUGCUGGGGGAUUUGUUGGAAAGACAGAAGGAAAUUGCUUUCCUGAAUAAGAAACUCUCUAAUUUAACUUCAGUUCAGACUGAAGUUAAGGAUUUGAGUGAUGAUAACUAAAAUUUCAGAUACAAAUUAAUGUCCAAUCACAAUAAAGCAGUUCUAGUAGCUCUUGAAGUAUGGUUACCUAGUAAAAGAUAUCCCCUCAUAAUAAGGUGUACAUUUUGGAGUUUCAAAAGCACUUAGUUGAAGAUGCCCUCCUGCUGCUGCUGUAAUAUAGCAAAUAAAAUUUCCAAGCAUUAGGGAUAUUUUUAUCUAUGCAACUGAAUCACAAAGCAUUUAAGUUACAAAAAUAUUUAUGGAGGUUUCCUAUUCGAAUCAAUGAGAACUAUAUGGAAUCAUUACCACCACAUGAAAAGCAACAAAACUUGUUGAAAGGGAAGUUAAAAACUCCUGACUGCUAAGUCCCCCACCCAUGAAAGCCAUCUGAAUUUCUACUGCACCCCGUCUGCCCAGAAUGGUGGGAGGGAUGAUUUCCCUCCAUACACCUGGAAAGGAAAAUCUAUUCCAGAGGGCUUGGGGACCUUACAGAACAGCUUCACAGAAUCACCUCUUUCCCCUUCUGCAAGUAGAAGCUUCUACUGAAGUGCCAGCCAGGAAGUAUAGGGAGAGUUUGAUGUAGAUAAGAAAAGUGGUUCCUCCAUAUGUAAGGAUACGAGUCCAGAACUGAAUGUUGUUUCACUGAUUAAUAUGCUAUCAGUGUAUAUAAACACAUUCAAAUGGCAUGUUUAAUCAUGCACUGUUAAAUGUAAUUAUAAGUGCCUUUAAUAUAAACCUAUGGUAUAGCUACAUUUGGAAUAUUGUGUACAGUUGUGACCAACCCAUCUGAAGGUGUAAGAACUGGAAAAUAUGCAGAAAGAGGGAACAAAAUUUUUAAAGGGCUUUGAAGAAAGGCUGAAGCAUCUAAUAUAGAGAGCAAAUGGGUGGACUUUCUUUCCCAAUAUUAGAAUUCAUUGGCAAUAGAUUGAUAAGAGAAGUACUUCAACAAAAUACACACUUUAUGGAAUACUUGCACAAGAUGCAGCAAUAGCUAUAAAUGGUAGGACAGAAAAGUUCAAACAAUACUUUCAGUGCUUAUUAGCUGCAGUAACUUAACUAGGUUCACAAGCAAUGUGUUACUAAUAACCCAUUAGGAGACAACAGUAAUGGGGAGGGCUAUUGCUUUUACUAUGUCGGUUUUUUAGGAAUAUUCAGUUGGCCAUUAGAAAACUGGAUGCUAAAUAAGGCAUUUAUUUCAUCCAAGGCAUUUAGCAAUAUGCGAUCAGCUUCACCGAUCUUGGGUCUGUUUUUAGGUUCAUAGCUUAAAGUUGUAUAUAGUUGUUUUUAGAUGUAUGUUUAAGUUGCAUGCUUUUGUGGUUUUAAAUUGUGUAUAUUGUUUUUGUUUUAAUCUUAUGUAAACCGCCCAGAGAGCUUCAGCUAUGGGGCGGUAUAGAAUAAAGUAAUAAUUAAUGUGGGCUUUUGGUCUAAGGCAGCAGGGCUCCAAAGAUUAGCAUCUGUACACCUCCAUUAGAAAUACCGCAUUUGGUUACCUUAGAUAGCUUUUACUCAAGUCUGUUUGGUCACUGUGU